CAAUAUCACUACCCUCAUACGUAACCGAACCCCAAACAUAGAAAGGACACCUUACUUUGCUUCCUGAUUGUAACAUCGUUUGCUUACUCUUCUACGUUUGUGUUUGCGGGUAGAUGAUGACGGGUAGUUUUACCUCAUGUUACACACACGCAUCUAUUUGCAUAAUACAUUUAAUUGUAUAUACACCUUGGAGUAUUUUUCGUGAUUUUCUUGUCUAAGUAGACAGCCUUGUUGACUACCCUUCAUUGUGGGCACUGCUACUGCAGAUUUGAAGGGUAAUAAAUCCCCGUCCAGGUGGAGUAAUAGAGAGAAGAAAGAAGAUUGCCUUAAUUCUAUAAUAAAUUCACGUGUGUUGGUUUCCUCGUUCCCCCUUGACACUGCCUCGGCUUGAAAUUUUGAUAAAAAUUGAUGGACAGAGAAUCUACAUCUUGUCAUUUCUUGCUCACUUAUGAAGAGAAGAAAAGUUGAAGGUGUCAACCAUGGAUCCUUUCAAGAUUUUAAAAGGUAUGGCUCCUCUGUUGUGCCAGAAUGGUGGUAUAAAAGGAGAGGAGGAGGCUGUAACCAUAGCUAGUUUGAUGCGCGAUGCUAAUAAAAUGGUUAGCAAAUGCAUAUACGUGAAUGUCUUAAAAUCUACAGAUGGACAAGAUAUUUUAGAAAAGUUCCUCAUUAAUGGUGGCUGGGACAUAAUGAACGACUGGUUGCAUGAUGCCCGCCAGUCAGAGAAUACGCCACUGCUCAUGGAGAUAUUAAGGGUUUAUCACAUUCUACCGGUAACCAUUGAUAUUAUGAAGAAGAAUGAUGCUGCCAAGACUAUUAAACAAUUGAGAAAGUCUGAAGAUGAUGGAAUCAAAAAUUUGGCUGGUGGAAUAGUGGACCAAUGGAUGAAAAAAAUAAGGGAAAAGAGUAAUCUCGAUACUAGUAAUGAUAAGUCUCUGAAGAAGAAGAAGAAGAAGCAUAAAGAAGAGAAAGUGAAAGUAGAAUGCAAAGAGAAAAAAGAUGAAGAGUGUAAUAAUAAUAAAAAGCGGGAGGUUCCUAGCAAAGAUGAGCCUCCUCCACCUGAGAGUAUGGACUCGGAACAGUCUGUGAUGGAUAAUAAAUUUAUAAAUAAGGUGCCUGAUAAAGCACCAAAGGAAGAGAGAAAACGACCUAACACUGUAAAAUCCUACCCCUCCAAAUUUAGGUCAACAGGCCUUGAGGAAGCCACUAUAAUUCUGCCUAAGAAAAAACCCAGUACUGACCCCGUUAAGUUGGUUCCUAAAAGACAAUUGCCGUCAGGGGAGCUGCGAUCAUUGGAUCCUGUUCUGGAUAAGAAACCUCGGCUGACAAUAUCUACUCCUUUGAACCCCAUUUCAGUCACCACCAGCCCCUCAGCUGUCACUUCAUCAGUUACCACGACGACAAGUCCAGGAUUAGUGUUAUCCCCUACUGAUCUGCAGAAAAACAUUAAGACUCCACCCAAGAUCAGUCGGCAAUCUUCCGUUCAUGAAAUCCAUGACAGCAGUGGCUUCAUGGAUGCAUUAACCAGUGCUGGUCCAACAACAGGGUUAUUUCGGCGAAAAAAGAAAGUACCUCCAGUUGCUAGCAAAACUAGUCAACCAUCGGGAGUUGGGCAAAAACUACCCCAACCUCCUUGUUUUUAUCGUGAAACAUUGGAGACAACAGAAGAUGUGAAAGCUGAGUCAGAGAGUUCUCCGAGUGAAGAGAAAAAUGGUGAUUCCAAUAAUGAUGUUGAAAUGAAAGAAGAAGUAAACGAAGAGUCACCAUCCAGUCGAGAUGGAAUCAGCGGAGAACAACCAGAAAACUCCAAUGAUAGCAGUUCAGCAGUGCAGGCAGCUUUAGUUCGUCGCAAGCCAAAGAAGAGUGUGACGUGGGCGGAUGAUGGGAAGAAUGACGAAACACACCUGCGACAGAUAUUUUAUUUUGAGCUGGAUGAGACAGAGCGAGAAAAUGUAAAUCGACCCAAAGAUUUUGAUGCGAUGAAGAAAGAAGAGAUGUUAAUGGACAGAAGGGCUGUGAAACGUUUAUGUCAUGAUACAAUGAAAGAACAGAUGACUUGGCAAAAACUAUUGCCUUUUGAAGGCGCCACACUGACAGAGAAUGGCUGCAACAGUCUGGAGAAAGAUGUUCAAAAGCAGAGGGAGCAAGGUGUACUUCAAGCCCUAUAUUUUUCAAAGCAUAUGUUACCAGAUGGACCAAGUGAACCAGAUUUAGAACCUGUUGAACAGGAAGAGCAUAAAGUAAUUCCUCUGGAAGAUGAGCACGCAUCAGUUGGCGAGGAACAAGAAUACUCCUAUGAUCACACGCAAGAAAUUGUGGCCCCACUGGAAGGAAUGGAUCAAGGAGCUUCACCUGGGGUCAAUUUGCCACCAGAACUAGCCAACUUGAUGGCCUCUCUCCAGCCACAGAUUCAACCACCACCACAACAGGAAAACACUGCAAUGAUGGAUCAUACUCCAAGUCCUGUAGUGGCUAAUGUCCAGAAUUUGCUCUUCUCUUUGAUGGGAAACUCGGGUAAUGAUUAUGGCAAACAGGAUGAAAUGACCGAGAAGUUGAAGCAAAUUUUGGAACCUCUGAAAAAUCAACUUCCUGGUUUAGGUGGUGGCCCAAUGCAGCCUCCUCAAGACUAUCCCCCAGAGUAUAUAGAUAACUGGCAUGACGGUUCACUAGACUGUCCACCACCAGGUGCUAGAUGUCCUAAUCCGGGUCUUCAAGGAAUGCCUGGUCCACCCGGCCCAUUUGGCCCUUGUCCUCCAGGGCCUGGUCUAGGGCCUGGACCUGGAGGACAUGGUCCUGGACUAGGCCCUGGUCCUGGUCCUGGACCAGGCCCUGGGUUUGGACCUGGACCUGGUUUUGGACCAGGACCUGGUCAUGGACCGGGACCAGGAUGUGGACCUGGCCCAGGACAUGGACAUGGGCCGGGCCCAGGAUGUGGUCCAGGUCCUGGUCCAGGACCCGGACCAUGUCAAGACCAAGGCCCUGGUCAUAUGAGAGGAAAUCGCUCAGGUCGUAACUAUCCACCUCGUAAUAAUAGAUCAAUGCCUCAGGGAAUGCGAGGACGACAAGGACGUAAUGGAAGAGAUUUGCCCAAAAUUUGCCGGCAUUUUACUUCACCAAAUGGCUGUCGAUACGGAAGCAAUUGUGCAUUCCUACAUCCUGGUAUUGAUGGCCCACCAUUAUAGCAAGAAGCGAGCUUUCAGAGAACCAUGUCUCAUUUUUUUUUUUGAGGGUCAGGGUGGGGAUGGGUGGGUUAUGGGGUUGUUCCUAUGCCUGUACAUAAGAUACUGCAUUUCAUCCUGCCAUCAUGUGGUGUGUGUUUGUGUGUGUGAAGGGCAUCCCUUACAUUGUGGGUUGGUGGGGUGGUCUUAUUUUUUUUUUUUUAGUUUUUUUUUCAUUAUCAUCAUUCAUCUUUCUAAAUUCACCCUAUCCUGAAUCCCCAUGUGUGUACAAACUGGACCUGUCUGAGACAAGGGCAAUUCAACAACCUUCACACACGCACGCACGCACGCACACACAUACAUACACACAUAUACACACAUACACACACUCUCUCUCUCUCUCUGUGUCUUUCUUGCUCUCUUCUCUCCCACUCAUUCUCUCUCCCUUCUUUCUGUCUCGUCUCAUGAGGAACUUGAUAAGUAAAAGGAAAAAAAAAAAAUAACAAAAACAAAAAGAAUCAAAGAAAAAAGUAUGAAAGAAAGGAAAAG